GGCGGCAUUUUCGUUUUCUCUGAAUACAAAUUCUCGAUUUAGUGAUACUUGUCGCAAUGUGUUGAUGAUUUUAAUGAAAAAUAAGCUAUGUCGCGUCCAAAUAAGCUACGAAAGGUUGUAGGAGUUAGAGAAUCAUAAAUGAAAUGUUUACUUAAAAUUACAGGGGUGAUUACGUUGAAAGUUAAUUUCUGUUAUUUGUCUAAUGUAAAUGUCUUAGUGUACAAUGAUUUCUGCAAAAAGCAAAGAAAAAAUCAACCGUGAUCACACGAGGUGUCAGUCUGCUAAGAGUGAGCGAGAUCCACAUAGAGUGUGCCCUUCGAAACUGACGAAGAAAGAACUCGAAGAUCUCUACUUCUCCUUGAUGGAUGCAAAUCUGGAGUUGAAGAAGACUGUGAACCAGCAGCAGGAGAACAUUAAGAUGCUGAAUACGAAGGUCCACAGGUUGAUGACGUCUACGAAAUGUACAAUUAAAGAUAGCACCUGUUGCCCGCAGACUAAAGCCAUGGUCAAUGAGCAGAAGGAUAUAAUAGCUGAACUGAGGAAAGCCAACGACCGCAUGUCCGAUAGGAUCCGUAUUCUGAACAUGAGACUCUGCUCGGCCAAACAGUUCCUGAAACGUAGCCCGUCCACUGGUAACGCAAGACUCAUGAAGUGCUGCUUGGCUCCACCGGCCUCUUUGAAAAACUCAUCAGUGACCGUUUUGCACAGUAAAAGAAGUGAAAAUGAAUCAAAGUCUGCUGCAGCAUGUCAAACAUCAAACCCUGAAAGAGAUCCUGUGUUGACGAGAUCUGUUGAAACGGAAACUGAGAAAAGACAGAGUGAACAAACAGAUGCAGUCUGCAAUGAAAAUAGAUGUAGAACUCUCAUGGAGGAGUUGAAACAGAAAAUUGCAGAUUUGCAAGAGGAGUCUUCCAAACACCACUCGGAGUGUUCUGGUCGCAUCACCCGUUUGGAGAGCGAGAUGUCCGCCCUUCACGAGGAGAAUGCGAGGGUGACCGAAGAACGGGCGGUGAUGCAGCGGAAUUUGGAUGUGAAGACGCUGAGGGAACACCAGCUGGCGGCAAAAUUGAGGGCUGCUGAUGCUCAAUCCAACGAAAUAUCAUCGCAAUUGUUAAUGGAGAAGAACAGAGUGGCCGAGUUGGAGACGAGAUUGAAGGCGGCCGAAAUGUCCAACCAGGCGAUGAAAACGUUCGAGGAACGGAACUCCGAACCUGUGGUUAGCCUGAAAAGUGUUCACCGUCAAAGCGAAGAUACGAUACGUAAUAGCGAUAACUUGAUACAAAGUGAGAUACAAUUAAAAAAUGGAGACUUACCGCCAGAGAGUUCAAAUAUACAGCCCUAUGGACAUAUACAGUCUAAAAACAUAGAAACGGCCAGAGAUAAUCAGUCAAGAAGCGGUGAUUUGACUAUGAGGAACCUACAAUUUGAAUUUAAAAGUACUAUACAGCCCAAGAAUUUGGGUGUAAUUGAGAAGGAAAUUGGGUUAGGAAAUGAGGAUGUAUUAGUGAGAAACACGCACCCUAAAAGUGGUGAUUUGAUGGCGAGGAAUGUGCAGAAAUGGCAGAGAGUGUCUCUUGUUGAACCCGUCACUUCGAGAUUGGAAAUGAGACAGUCUAACACGAGCCAGGGAAAAUCUGUUGAGACCAAAUGGGAAAAGGACCCUCUUGACUUUGAGAUGGAAGUGAAAGCACAAGACCUGAACAGAUUGAAUGAUUCGGAGAAGCAGCAAUCGGUUCAAGAAAAUAGACCGGAACCACAGCAGACUUGCCAGAAUUGCUUGACCAGUUCUCCCAGCUACGUGAUCAUGACCCCAGGUUCCAAUGCGCCAAGUCAAAGUCCCUGUUUGACACCAAAAAGUACCUGUUUGGCACCAAACAGUCCAUGUGUCGCAAGUCCCAACGGGCCGAGCCCGGCCAAGUCCAAACAUUCAGAUGACUCCGGGUACAAUGAGAACCAAAGCGAGGAUGAUAAGGCGCUAGCUAAAAUAAACACAGAGCUAGCAGAAAGGAUAACAGAAUUACAGGGGCAGCUGGACGGCUUGAGAAUCGCAUCUGCUGGUUUUAACGAGCAAGCAACACAAGCGAACGAAACUAGAAUCGGCGACUUGGUUCCCAAGGAAAACGACAAAGCAGAGCAUGACCAGAUGUGGCCGGAUACAAAUUUGCCCGUUAGAGAAACGUCAAAGGAUGACGAAAUAAAAAAGGAGUCACGUGUGGACACGCCUCCCGCUAUACACCGCGCCAAUCAGCUGUGGGCACAAUAUUCCGGGAACGAAAUGCAAGAAAGAGAAGAUAAAAUACAAUUUUCUAGCUCAUACAAGCAGAGAACUGCUGGUUACGACAACAUCGUCCGCAUAUCAGAUUCACAGCCCGACGGUAAGGACUCCAACAAGAUUUACAAGAGAAAACACACAGAGCACAAAAAGUUGUUGGAAGACAAAAAAACUAACGCUCGGAAUGAAAUACUCGAUAAAAUCGGAGAUGAACCACAAAAGUCGAGAAUCGACAAUAAAAGUCCUUAUAGAGAAAAAUCUGAUCACACUAAUGACAUUGAUUACAAAGACAUUAGAUAUGAUUCAAUUAGACCCGAAAUUGAUAAACCCAGAGAUCCUAAAGUAGAAUUAAAUACACAAACCGAUUCGAAAAUCGGUGUUAAAAUUCAAGAUAAUAAUAUAUUCAGACCAGGGCAAGAUAUUUAUAGGCCGGUAGAAACACGAAGGUCAAGUGAUACGUUGAAAUAUACUGAGAAAUUCCGUAGAAGGAAAUCUACUAUUGAUCAAACGCUUGUUCGCGAACCUUCAAAUCACCUCAGAAAUGAUGAACCGCGGCCAGAAUUAGUGUCGAGUCAGACUCAAAGAAACGCUGACGAUAAUAUAGACAUACAUUCUGCUACAGCUAACAGGGGGCAGCAGUGGGAUCACAACGGUGUGGCGUCUUCUCCCGACGCGACGGACCAUGAAAUAUCACAUCUCUCCGACCUGCCGCCUGAACACGACGUGAACAGUCCUCGCAGCGCCAUAUCUCCGGGCGAACAGAGAACGUCUACGUAUACGGACGCGUACACAGAGCCUUCCACUGAUCUGCCGUCUAUGAGUGAAGGAGAAAUAUAUGUAAAUUCCGGUCGCAGGCGGUCCCCUGGUGAAACGAAGGACGAAGCUGUUGAAGUGAAAAAUUUCAGCGAAGCGGCGUCACAGAAGAUGGAGCGAGCGCUGCAAUCCAUCGAGGAGGAGCUGGCUCGCUGUCGGCAGCUGCUGCAGAAGACCAGAUCGCCAGAGGUGAACCUGUGGGCUUCCGUGUAG